UUAAACGUGUGAGAGAUCUCUUUGCUCUGAAAUUUCAACCUUGCCGCUGUUGAUACCUAGAUUUUCGCCGUGUUUGAGAGGAAUCUCAUCUUUUUUCGUCUGAAUCGAAUUUCGUGUUUAUAACUCCUCCACUGAUCGCUUUGUAUUGCUUAAGUUAUUGCCUCAAUAAGCAAAUAAUCUUUUGUAGAUUGUUACCAUUGGAUCACUAUUGAGGGAGGACUCUUGAAGAUAAAGAAUGCGUGCACCAUCUUUGCUUGCGCAAUGCUUGCCCGGUUUGCUGCCUCAGGACCGUGGCGGUGUGGCUGCACUAUCAGACAAGGAUUUGCAGCUUCCCACACCAGCUGUUGAGAUCAUACCUUCUAAGGGCAUCUUUGGGCUCGCCUUUGUAUUAUACCUUCUGCUGAAAAAAAAUUAAGUUGGAGAAAAAAAAUGAAGGGUGGCCUUCAUUUUGUGAAUGAAAUAGACUUAUUUAUCAUUUGAAUACAUCCAAAAGGAUGCAAUUCUAAUUCUUUUUUUUUCGUUUACUUUCUUCUGUAGACAGCAGCUCAUCACAGGUAUUCAGGGGAGAACGUAGAUAUGCUCGGUUUACAAGUUUUCAAGGGAAAAGUAAGUGUUGCUGAUUUUAUCGGGCUCUCUGGUUCAGAAACUGCUCCUCUAAAAUAUGAAGGUUCUCUGAAAAGCUGGGAAAGCGCUAUCGUUCUUGUUGAUGUCCUUAAAAACGAGAUCCGCGAUGGACAGCUUAGCUUCAGGGGCAAAAGGGUCCUCGAGCUAGGAUGCAAUUACGGAGUUCCUGGGAUAUUUGCCUGCUUGAAAGGUGCUUCGUCAGUCCACUUUCAAGACCUAAGCGCAGAAACAAUAAGAUGCACAACCAUCCCAAAUGUACUUGCAAACCUCGACCAAGCUCGGGAGAGGCAAAGCCGUCAGCCAGAAAGCCCGCACACACCAUCAAGACAAGCCGUCUCUGCAUCUGUCCGUUUCUAUGCAGGAGAAUGGGAAGAGCUCCCGACCGUUCUUUCCAUCAUAAGAACCGAUGUCCUUGAACCAGCUAACCCUGGAAUGAGCUUGAGUUUCUCAGAGGAAGAUUUCAUGGACGGAUGUAGCAGCCAAGACGGAAGCAUUACAGGGCAACAGGAAUUCUCCUCGAGGCGAUCAAGGAAGCUCUCGGUAAGCAGAGCGUGGGAAAGAGCUAACGAGACUGAUCAAGGAGGAGAAUGUGGGUAUGAUGUUAUGCUAAUGACUGAAAUCCCUUACUCGAUAACUUCUCUGAAGAAACUAUAUUCUCUCAUUAAGAAGUGCCUGAGACCACCUUACGGUGUGGUGUAUUUGGCGGCAAAGAAGCAGUAUGUGGGAUUCAACAGUGGAGCGAGACAUUUGAGGAACUUGGUCGAUGAGGAAACUAUCUUAGGAGCUCAUCUGAUUAAGGAAACUACGGACAGAGAUAUUUGGAAGUUCUUCCUCAAGUAGGUGUAGAAGAAAUCGCUCAUGACCAAAUAUUCUGCAGCUGCAUCAGUUGCAAAGAAUUCAUAUACAAAACACUUUUUCUUAUUGUAUAAUGUAAUGCAAUAUCAUUGAAGUUAUCAUCAUCAUGUCUUCUUUUUUGUUAUCUUGGUGGUUCCUUCAUUUUAUUUUUGGUUUAACUGUGGAGCCUAAGUUAGAUAAAAGUUGGCCA